AUGGAACCCCCGCCCCUGCCUAUCGACGUAACGGAGAACGUACUGGACCAACUACAAGCCCAGGGCCACCUGUGGGCCCUUCCAAUCUGCGCACGGGUCUGCAACGCUUGGCUCCCGAGGUGCCGCUUCUUGAUCUGGCAACGCGUAACGAUCUCAAGCCUCCACUCGCUGGACUCCAUCCGCGCCGCGCUUGAGCGCACACCCGUCCUGCGCUCGCUCGUAAGCACCGUCCGACUCGAAGGAAAUUAUGGGCAGUAUCCCCACGCCGCUCCCGCUGUCCUCCUGCCGUAUCUCGCCCAUAUCAACACCUGGGAGUUCUCCGGAGAACUCGUUAUCGGCGGGGACCGAGGAAGAAACCUCCUAGGUUCCCUCAGAAGCUACGCCGAGACCAAGAGGCUCGUUGUCGACGCCUGCGGUCGGCUCAUUUCCACCUUGGACGUCGCACGCCUGGCCUGCGGGUUUCCCGGUCUCGAAGAGCUUCACCUCAUCGAUACCCUCUCGUGA